CUUGAUGUGUGAGCACUGUGAGAUAUUCCCCUCAGGGGAUGAAGCCGCUCUGGGAAGAGCAGAAGGUUUCAAGUUCCCUCCCUUUCCUAUGUUCCUAUGAGUCUCUCGCCACCCUGGGUAUCAUCUGGCUGUGGCAAGGCAACAAUUACCACACAACAGGUGCAGGUAUGUGUGGUAAAUUGUGAUGAAAUUAGCUUCUAACCACCCUGUGUAACACUUUUCUGUGGAGAAUUUUCACCACACAUCAGGUGCAGGUGUGUGGUAAAAUGUGUGGUCACCACACAGAUGACCAAAUUGCUCUAGGAUAAGCUCUUACACUCUGGGAUAGCUUGGUUGUCUGUAUUUUUCUUGCUAAGUGGGAAGGGAUAUUUUACCACAUACCAGCUGCCAAUGUAUGUUUAAAUGUGUGGUAAAAUGUCUGUUAAAACGCUUGUCUGUAUGGGUGCAUCAUGUGUGGUAAAACAACCAUCUGUAACCGUCCAUAUUUUACCCACAAUUCUUUCCCAUCAAUAUUGAUAUGUAGGCUGGCAUUUCUCUGAGCGGUGAUGUCUCUUUGCUAAAACGAAAAAUGGAGAACAAGCUAUGGUUUUCUGCUCCCACCCCUUUCUAGCCUAAUGCAAAUUUAUCCUCACUUGGCUUGCUGGUUUUUCCAUAAUCAAAGCAUCCCAAACCACUGCUGAAUGUCCAAAGGUGUUGUCAUAUCCCAUUUCUUGGCUAAUGGCAAUCUGGCAGCCAGACUUGGAUUUCUUGCUUUCGCCGCGUCUGCAGACAAGCCAAGUGGAGUUGGAGGCUGCUGCACAACGAGAUCCAUUUGUCAAAACUGGCUGUCUUUCGUCGCAAAGAAGGGUUCCAGGACAAUGGCUUGGAGAAGAUGUUCCAUGUAGUCGCUGCCAGGAGAAAGUCUGAGUCAUUUGGCGUGGAAUAAUCACAUUUGGAGGGCUGAAGAAAGCUUAGGUUUGAAAAGUCCAUAAUGCUGGGAAAAGUCGAAGGAAAGAGGAUCAACGAGGAUGGCCAUCAUCAUGGAGAGAAUCUAUCCAUGUGGUUGCUAAGAGUCGACACCAACUUGACGGGUGUGAAGGAGGAGACCCCCGCAAAAAAACCCAAGUCUGCCUCUACUGCGGACAAAGCCGGUUGGAUCAAGAAGAGCAGUGGAGGUCUUCUGGGACUCUGGAAAGAGCGUUACAUCCUGCUGUGUAAAACCCAGCUCCUGGUGUAUGAAGAUGAGGAUGAACAGAAAUGCAUUGAGACUGUGGAACUGGAAAGCUAUGAGAAAUGCCAAGAACUGCGUGCACUCCUGAAGAGGAGGAAUCGGUUCAUUUUAAUUCGGUCUCCAGGUUACAAGGUCCACGAUAUCAAAUUUCAGGCAUCAAAUGGGGAAGAAAAAGAGUCAUGGAUGAAAGCCCUCAAUGAAGGCAUCAAUCGAGGCAAAAACAGAGUAUUUGAUGAGGUGAAGGUGGAUGACAGCCUCUCCCUGGAGCACGUAACUCGAGACAGAGCCAAACUGGGUCAGGGUCGCCGUCCACCGACCAGAUACCAUCGAAAGGAGGUUGCUGAAGCAGCCUCGGAUGGAAUCCUGAGGCUUGACCUAGAUGUCACGGAUAGCGGCCCUCCAAAUGCCACCGUGGGGGCUAGCGAAGCGGAGAAUGUCCCGCCUCCUAAGGAGGUGUUCAAACCACCCAUGCCCCCCAUGAAACCGCUUAUGCACCCCACGGAGAAGCAGACCCCCGAUUCCGCACCCGAGGAUCUAGAAGUUAAGAAACCCCCGAUGCCUCCCUCUAAGCCCCUUAAGGAAAUAAUAGCACCUGGAGACAUGGUGAGUCCGGCAGAAGAUGAGGCUGUUGCAAGUGAAGAUGCUGGACAACCCAAAGCUGUCCCAGAUGAAGACAAGAGGGAGGGCUCAAUGGAGGCCAACAGGAACAUCCCUGAAGGUCCAGUUCCUCCUCUGAAGAUCUUAUCCAAUAAGGCGACCGUGACGGUGACGUGGGAUGACCCGGCCUCUGAAUCACAAAGUGUAGAAGCUGUGAAUCCAUCACCAGCCGGCAGCAAAGAAAACCUCCAUGAGGCAGCCCAGGGAGCAGGAAGACCUCCAACUCCUCCUCCGAAGAUCAUCUCAGAGCGGUUGAGAGCCACCAUCAACGUUGAGGAGAACAGCUUGGAGGCCGUCACUUCUGAAAGCGACCACCCAGGCGAUAACCCCACGUCCCCAGUGAACGGAGUUGUUGUUGAUGAUGAUGGAACGACGGAGCCUCUCUCUGAAGAGCACAUUUUGCAAGAUGGAGAGGAACGGAGUGAGACUCCUUCAGAGCAAGGGACAAAGAAAGAGGGUUCCAGCCUGUGUCUGCAAGAUCAGGUGCUGUCACAUGAGUCCGCGGGAGAUUCUGUGCCUGCCAAAGCUCACUGUAACUCUCUCGGGGGCCUGUUGGCGGAACCGAAAAAGAAACCCUUUUCGGGACAGGAUCUCCAGCGAGGAGGCGACCUCCACGUCGCCAGGAUGGAAAAGAAGGUCGCUUGCGAACAGGAACGAACAGAGCAGCUGCUGCAGAAGGUUCUCCAGGAGGGCUUGGAGCAGGCACCGGAGGGCAAUGGACCUCCGGGAAAUGCCAAGACCUUGCUCAGUGAGGCGGUGGAGCAGCUCCGACAAGCCUCGCAAGUUUUGCAGGAGAUAAAGGAUUUAGAAGAGCAGAAAAAGGAGCCAGCCGAGAGGCGGAAAGGAGCUUUGCCAAAGGACCUCGCGACCCUCUAUAGAAGAAGUGCGCCCUGAGCAGAGGACACUCCUCUGUUGCGACUCGGCAAAUAUGUUGCCCCCUAACACAGUUUUUACUCUAUUGCUAGGCCAGUGUGAUUUUCAGAAAGGGGGGGCCAUGUCUCGCUGUGCAGCUGCCCCCACCCCCCAGCAGAGAAGUGAUUGCUUAGUUUCACAGUGCCCCUCGCCUGACCCUUGUUUUUUGAGCUGUGGACCAGAUCUCCUGAUGGGGUACAGGAUACCUGCAAGGGCUUUUGAGAGUGCCGAGGUUCUGGGAACGAUUUGAAAGCUGGGAGGCAAGUGGUGACCAAGGCUCUGUGUGUGUGUGAGUGUGUUUGUGUUCUCUUGCUGUCUCCCGCCUCGUGCACACAUGGACCAUAGCAGUCCAGGGCAAACCAGGGUGGUGGGUAGAAAGAAAAGUGGAGAGGCGGCCCUUUUGCUCCAGUGCCCUUUAACAUCCAUUCAACCUGAUCCACAGAUUCUCACAAGCUGAAUGUGGGAUGCUCUCCCUCGGCUCAUGAACCUCCAGACUUCUUGCUGGCCUCAGUAAUUACCGAUGCAAAGUCCAGGAGGGCCCCAGAAGGUGGGGGCUUCUUUUUUCUUUCUUUCCCUUUUUAAAGAAGAUAGUCAGCUGGGGUGAUCGGAAGAAUGCUCAUGGUGAUUUUGGACAAGGUCUAUCCCCUUAGAGACGGAAAAGAGGUGAUAGCAUUGCAAUCUGUUCAGCUUUCAGUGUGUUCUAGUGCUUUUAUUGUCCUGGCCAUUGGGCCUGCGGGGCCCAAUCUUCAGUGGUGCUUAGAAAGUGUUUAAAAGUUUCAUUAAAAACACAAAAGCUGCUCUGAAAUUUUAUUGAUGUUGUCAGAGGAAUUGAAAUGGGCAGCAAUGUCCUCCAAAGAUUUCUCUAUAGAGAGAGUACAACCGCUUCUUCAUUCUGACCCUAACCCUUUUCUCUGGGCCAAAAUGGCGGCAAUUUGACCCAAAUGGUGUGAGGGUCGGGAUAAAGAAGGGGUGAUAACACAGAGAAAGCUGUAAGUACAACAAUGCUAUCAACUGCUUUCCAUCUCUAGGGGGCAGACGUCAGUCAAUAAUCACUAUGAGCAUUUGUCUAGCAAGAUGGUUUUUAAGAUGUACUCCCAAGAUGUUUUGGGAAUACUCCUAAAAUUGUGAAUGCAACAAAUGCCUGUUUGCAGGAAGGGCCAGUUCGUAUAUGCACCAUCCUCACUUGAGGAUUGCAGCUUCGAGUGGUCAAGGGUGGGUGUCGCAUAUCUGCAACCACCAACAGAACCUUUUUGCAUUGAUGCCAAAAUGUUGCAGUCCUUUCCCACUGGAGUUCACACAUCUUAUUUGGCGGUCCUCAAGUGUAGAGGAAUUGAGCAAUGUAUGGAUCCAGCCAGUCUGCCGUGCCUGUUAGGUUACUAUGGCGGCCGCUCUCUGCCAAAAAAGCGUUUGGCUGCAGAUCCAGAUUUGUGUAGUGUAGUGUGGGAACCAGCCCACAUCCAUCUAGCUAAGCACUGAAGGAAAUGUUUGUAUCGCUUGCAGCAGCAAUCUGUGCUGGAUGUAUUUAAUUACACUGAAGAACUGUCUGACUCCAGACCUCAAUCAAGUCGAAGGAAGGAAACUGAGCAAAGCUUGUGCUCUGAAUGCCUUCAGCAGGAACCUUAACACAAAAGCUGCCGCUGAAUCAUUUGUUUGUCACAAACUAGAGCUAAAUAUUGUACAAUCUAUGCUGGGGUAGGCAAUAGCUUGGUUCUCCAGCUGUGGUUGAACUACAACUCCCAUCACCCCUGCAGCGAUUUAUUGCAGCAGGGGAUGAUGGGAGUUGUAGUUCACCAACACCUGGAAAGCCAAGCUGUUGGCUACCUCCUGAUCUAUACUAACAAUAAUUUAAACCUUUUUCUGUCCUAUCCUGUAAAUACGAAUGACUUAAAGUCCUUUCAGCAAUGGAUUAGGGCGUGGAGUAUUUUGUUACAGAGGACCAGCUGCCCAAAAUAUAUGUUCAGAAACCUCUUGUAUACUUCUAAGACUACGAGCUUGGCAGCAUGCACAUUUGGAAACUGGUGAAUGUGACCCAGCCCUUUAAAAUCCUGAGAAACUAUAAAAAAAUAUAUCUCUAUAUUUUUAACAA